AUGUCAAGAAACCAAGAGGGCAGAGGUGAAUUACUUGCCCUCACACCACAUGGUGAAACAGAUGACACCCUUGAGAAUCUGAGACUUGACCUAAUUGCUGCCCAUCAGACAAAGGACUCUGUCAGGAGCACAAAUGAUAUGAUGGCCAGAACAUACAGCUGGAGAAGACAGGAAGUUAUUACCAAGUCUCCUGGUGUGGCAGAAUUCAAGGAAAGAUGGCCUGCCCUCUUCGAACCAUUCCAGGUAAACGAGGAGUUCCGAAGAUGUACUGCAGUUUCCCUGGAAGCGACGUUUAUGUCACAGCUGGACAAAUACACCCCAAAGCUCCUAGAACUCUUUAGUGCCAAGGGAGGAGCAACUGGUCAACGCAUCAAAAAGUUGUUGAUGGAUCUGAUACAGGACCCAAGUGCCACUACAGUGAAGAAGAGAGAUGUCACUCUGAGAUGCCUCUUUGAGUAUAUGGGAGAGAGUGGACAGGAGCUUAUCUCAGAUUACUGUGUAAGUAUUGUCUCAAAGCAGGUUUGGGGGGCCGCAGAGACCACUGUUCAUGAGGACCUGAAAAUUAAGAACAUGAGCAUCUAUGUCUGCCGUGAGCCAGAUGCAGUAGGAAUCAUCAUUGAGGGAAUACCAGUCCUUACCAAUCUUGGAAACCUGGCCAAAGCAUGCUGCUUCCUGCUUGGGUUGACAUAUGCACUUAAUCUUGAGUAUCCAUCCAAGCUUUCCAAAACAUUUGAGGUGUUUCAAAGACUUUUCGUGGGACUUGACACACUGCGCCCAAAACCAAGCCCCAAGUUCAUGACCCUGAAAAACAAACUCCUUGCCUAG